AUGCGGUGCCUUCUCCCUGCUCUGACAUUCAUUGUAACUGUAUGUGUGUGUAGCGGAAUCAAGGAGGCGCUGCCGGAAGAAGGGUUGCCAACUGUGAGUUACCCAUGAACCAAUGAAAUGAUGAGUUCUGCAGGAUAAACUAAUUGAAUAUUGGGGAUAUCCGGUGGAAAAACACUUUGUCAAAACUGAGGAUGGCUACAUCAUCGAGAUUCACAGGAUCCCGCACGGAAAACGUAAGUCGAAAACUCCUAUUCACCCGUAAUGCAACAACGCGUUUUCCAGAUGACAAAUCAAUAAAGAAGGACCGACCCGCCAUCCUCUUACUCCAUGGCCUUCUGGAGUCAAGUGCUUCGUAUGUUUUCAAUCUUCCUCAUCAAUCGCCUGGUAAGAUCACAAAAAAAUAUCACAAUUGUCUUAGGAUUCGUGUUUGCUGACAAUGGCUUUGAUGUUUGGAUUGGGAAUGUCAGAGGCAAUACCUAUGGAAAGAACCAUACAAGUUUGUCCGUAAAGGAUGCCAAAUUUUGGCAAUUCAGGUAAUGCUUUCAAAUCCAUAGCAAAAAAUAAAGGAUAUCAAUAAGACAUAAGCUUUCAGUUGGCCGGAACAUGCUCACAAAGACCUGCCAGCCAUGUUUGACAAGAUCACAGAGGUCACCGGCCAAGAGCAAAUCUAUUAUGUGGGCCACAGCCAAGCCAACCUUAUUCUUUUCGCUCAUUUGUCAGUACAUCCUGAAUUUGCGAACAGAAUUAGAAGGCACUUUGCUCUGGCUCCAGUGUACACAGUCAAGCAUAUCAAAGGCCUUCUUCAAGUGAUGGCGAGGACGGUCUAUCCAAACUUCAAAGUAAGAUUUGCUAAAAACUAUGAAGAGCUGACAUUUAUAGCUGGCCAAGAGACUCCUCGGGGAUCAUGAAUUCAUGCCGAACAACGCUGUCAUGAAGAAAUUCUCUCGUUACGUGUGUAACACCAAAGUUGGACAAAACUGGAUCUGCAACUCCUUAAUUGGACUGGUUGACGGACCCAAUUCCAACCAACUGAAUCUCACUCGAAUCUCCGUUUACACUAGUCACUCCUCUGCUGGCACUUCAACGCAAAACUUUUUACAUUGGCUGCAAACUGUUUACCGAGGGGUAAUGGAAAGAUAUGACUACAGAGAUAUCAAUACGAAUGUAAAAUAUUAUAAUCAGGUAGGUCAUCAAAAAUUGUAUUUAAAAAUGGAAACUUUUCUUAUCAAAUUUCUGUUUUAAGAGAAGUCCGCCAAGUUAUGACAUUACAAGGAUUAGUGGACUGAAGAUGCACAUCUUCUCAAGCAAACAAGAUUGGCUUGCUGAUCCAACUGAUAUGGAAAAUUUGGUUAAAACUUUCCAGAAAGAUGUGAUUCAGGUAAAAAAUAUUCCCAUAUUUUAUUCAUAAAUAUAUCUACAUUAUGGCUAAAUUUUUUUACAGUCUCAUACAACAUUCGACCAUUACGCCCACUUGGAUUUCGUAUGGGGAGUGAACAUCACCCAAGACAUAACGAUGCCAAUAAUCAACUUGAUCGAACGAUUGGAUGGUGUGAAAUUAAAGUAA